AUGGCAGAUGCAUUCAAGCUGGAACAGCCAAAGGAGGCACCCGCGCUAACGAAGGCGCGCCAAAGGCGCACUGACUUGCGCCGACGAGUGGAUGCUGCGGUGACGACCAUGAUGGAAGGAUAUGCGGCUGCUGUGGAGGCUUGCAAGGUUGGAUCUUCGAGCGAGCGGGCCGUGAACGCCUACGUCCAGUCCACCUAUGAGGCUGCCAUGGCCCGGGCGGCAGAUGAGCUUCGCAGAAUCGGUGGCGAGCUCGCGUUGGCUCGGAGCGCUGAGGAGCGGCGUCUAGACCGCUUGCAGAGCUACCGGGAGGAGCUAGAAGAUGAGCUGAAGGCAGUCGAGGAGAAUGUCAACAGAGUAUCGAGGACGAAUCAGGCAGCUUGGCUUCUGACCAGUGCCCCGGACACCCCCGAGAAACUUGCAGAGGAAACUUGGGCCAGGCGGCGGCGGAGGCCCGACGUCGGGGCACAGCCAGGGUCGAAGCGUUUGCAGCUUCCCUGGAGUGAAGGAGUGUUCCGGCAAGGUGGCAAUGCAGUUCUUGAGGGCAAAGGACCUUUCUGA